AUCUGUGCAAAGUUAUAUCCAAUAUUACAACUUUUUUGCCUUGAAGCAACGCCAGUAAACCCUGUAAGCGAUUUUAUCACACAAAAUCCUGUAGAACAGAAAUGAUGUCAAACUAGAAUCACAUUAACAUGCAUAAUGUUUAUGUCUUGAGGCUAUUCUUUUGAAACCAUGUGUAUUUUAAUGUUUAUGGACUGGCCCCAUUCCUUUUCACUGUAUGUGCCUUACUGGAACUGGCAUUUUUACUUUUCUUUUUCUUUUUAAAUAAACGAGGAACAAGUCAAAAUGAUUUUUUAUAUUAAUCAGCAUUAAGCUAGAAAUGCUGCUGAUUGAACUUAACUUGUAUUGAACCCUAUGAAAAGAGAUGUAGCAUAUUUAAGGGCAAAUAGUCUAUUACAUUUUCACCAAAUAGUAAAGGACGGUCUCCACAUGAAGUCCCUCCUCAGCCCCCUAACAUCCUCUCAGAAGGGGCUGAACCUGGGAGGCAGACAGACUUAGGCAUGACUCAGAGCCCAGCCUUCUUCUCGGGUCAGCAGUGUACAUGCUUUGUGUUAUGACCAGUGGAUCAAGUUUUAAUUAAUCUGGAUACCAAAGGUCCACUGUACUAAUCCAAGUCCAUUACUUACAUGCCUCCCUCACUAUAAUAAGACUGUGAUCUAACCAGGGCAAGAAAGAGGGUCCAAAGUUUGUCUGACAUGGGCUCACAUGUGCUUGUGCCUUGGGAGAGGAUACAGCAACUAGACUGACAUUACUUGAAGAAAAGUCUCUGAAUUUUUAAAUUGGACCGGUUUUAUUGAAAGUUGGACACACUUUAUAUCACCAUGCCUGUGCAUUACAAUGAAGUAUCUAAGGAGAAAGAGCGAGAGGUGGUAGAACUGUGCUCAGAUACAAGUGGAGCACGUGCACAUCUGGAUCUGGGGAAGAAGAUCAGUGUUCCUCAAGACCUAAUGAUGGAGGAGCUCAAACUGCUGUCCAACAGAGGAUCUAGAAUGUUUCAGGAGAGACUUAAAAGAGUGGAGAGGUUCACCUUGGAGAAUGUAGUAAACGGGAAUCUCUUAGAGGAAACCCUUCAAGGCCAGAACACUACACAAGAAGAGAAAGGAAGAGAGCACUUCACAUCUGAAGUCUACAUCACAGAGGGUGGAAAGAACAACCUGGUCACCACACUCAAACAUACAGUCGCUAAGAAAGGAAACCCAAGUGUGCUUGCACCAGGUUAUGGUGGGCCUCUGAAAGAGGUUCCCCAUGAGAAGUUCAAUGUCACUGUGAUCCCAAAGUCUUACCAAUCACCCUGGGAGGAAGAGCCCAUUGACAGUGAGAUACUACUGGCCAAUAUCAGCAACCGGCUGCCUGAGCCACCUUACAAACUCACCCCCACCAACUACAAAUGUUUCAACAGAGCUCCAAUGCCGUUUGGUGGGACAGCAGGAACUGUGAAGACUCUACCGUUACCUGGCUUUGAGCUACUUCAAGCUCACACCGAGCCAAACCUAACCUGGGACAGGAUAUGCCACCGCCCCAACUUCAACCGUACGCCACAGGGCUGGAGCAAUCAGUACACUAGUGAAUCUCUUGAUCUGUAGAGCCUAGAUACUGAUCUGUGAGGAAUAAACUCAGCCUGAGCCAUUAAUUUAAAGUGUGAACUGAGCCAUCAAAUGCUAA